AUGGCAUCUGCUUGGUACAGAUAUAUUGCUGUGGAGUUGCUGCAGAAAGUGGCUCCCAGCCCUAUCCGCAGGCUCCAGAAGAAAUACGUCUCUCACGUGUCUCGGGAAGCUUGCAUCUCACCCUGCUCCAUGAUGCUGGCACUGGUUUACAUUGAGAGACUCCGGCACCGGAACCCUGAAUACCUCCAGCAGAUUUCAUCUUCAGACCUCUUCCUGAUCUCCAUGAUGGUUGCUAGUAAGUACCUGUAUGAUGAAGGUGAGGAGGAGGAAGUCUUCAACGAUGAGUGGGGAGCAGCAGGGAAGGUGGAUGUCCAGACCAUGAACACCCUGGAGAUGAACUUCCUGAGUGCCAUUGACUGGAGUCUCUACACAGAUCCCCGGGAGCUGUUUGAAGUGCUGAGCUGGCUGGAAGGACGUGUGGCAGAAAAGCAGGGCAUGUGGCGUGGCUGGUUCACCUACACAGAUCUCUGUGUCCUCAUGGAGCAGUCUGUGUGGCAGCAUGUGCUGGCUCAAUUCUACCAGCAAUUGGUAAAGCUGGCCUGCCUGCUGGGUGUGGUGUACCUGACCGGCUUUGCUGCUGUCUUCGCCUCCGUCGCCGUGGUGCAGCGGUCUGUGUGCGUGAGGAGCGGCAGCCCUGCAGCCCACCAGCCUGCGCUGUUCCCCAAGGAGGGCAGCUGCCAGCUGGAUGCCCGGCCAGCCCCGUGCCCUGACCAGGUGCAGCCCCAGCUGCCUGACAUGGCCCCAGCCAACAGCAGCACCCGCUGCCUGGGGGAGAAGGAGCCGGCGGAGGAGCGGCGGCGGGCGGAUGUCGUGGCGACUGCCUUGUACCUGUGGGGCAGCGUGAUGACAGCUCUGUCCUACCCGAGGGCGCCGGACCUAGCCCACCACAGGAGCCCCCCGCACGGUCCCUUCCGGAGAGUACCUACUGCCUGCGAGAGAUGGAACCGUACCGGCCCUGCCGCAGCUGCCCGCCAGCCCGGGCCCCUGGGACUCGCCAUGCUUCCAGCUCCUCCGGCGCUACACUGCCACGCCUGCUCCUCCAGUGCAGGCCCCACCUGGGAUGCAGCCCCCAGCCGCAGGGACUGGCUGGACCCCCUGGGGCUGAGGCAGUGCUCCUUGCACACCGCCAUGGGGCUCAGCAGAAUCAAGAGCUUCAUUUUUCCCAGUUAG